UGAGCAAUAAAGAUAGAAUGAUACUUUUAGUACGAGAACGUACAAGCGAACUCGGCUAUAAAUAUCUAUGCUUGGUGUAUAGCCGUUUCUCGUUAAUGAAUAUUUCAUGCAUAUCCAGAAAUGUGAUGACAGCGUAGAUAAAAAGGCUGGCGACAGGUUAUCUGUCAAACUUGAUUUAACCCGUUCGGGCCGGUCGGACGUAUUGUGUGUUAGCACGUUUAAUGGUAUAACACAAAAUAUAUUCUACAUUAUAAUGCGACUCGAUGGUACCUGUUAUUAAAGAAAAGCAGACAUGGAGAAGAUUGCAGCGAACGAGCUGAUUCAAAAAUUAAUUUCCGGCACGUACGAAGAAUUUUGUGAAAACAUUGUUGUCUUUUUAGACAGUUACAAUAAGAAGACCAGUUUUGAUGAACUGAAUAAUAAUUGUUUACGGGAGAAACUAUGGAAGAAAUUAUUUCAUUAUUUAACAAAUCAAACAUAUUUAGAUUACAGACAUCAUUGUUUGGCUGCCUUGAGAAUACUCAGCCGAGACAAAACUAAUUUAGAUGAUUUAAUUACUGAUAAUGCAAUAAAAAUUAUAUUGCUAAAUGCGGGCCUGACGAAAAUAUGCGAUGAAGAACAAAUUUCAUAUACAGUGGUCAUGAUAGAAUCAUUAAAGUUGCUGUGCAACUUACUAUUCAAUAGUAUAAGAAUGCAACAAUCGAAAGUACUAAUAUCCUCUUUGCCUUAUCUGAUGGACCGUGUUAGAAAUUAUACAAAUGACACUCCAUAUGAUGUCAAAUUAUUUGACAUGAGAAUACUGUUUCUAAUCACUGCGUUGAAUACUUCCACAAGAGAUGUAGUCAAACGUGACUUGUGUGGUGAUGUAUGUCUUAUUAAAAUAAUAGAGGAUUUUGUGACACGUAAUCAAGAUAAUGACGAGACUACUGUUAUUAAGACUGAAGAAAUCACAGUAAUUUGCGAAGUUUUAAAAGUUCUAUUUAAUUUGUACAUACAAUCAGACGACACUGGAAUUGAGGAUCAAGAGAAACAUAGAAGUCUGGUGUUAAUUUUGUAUAAGCUAUUAAUUCUUAAAUAUUCAAUACAGCAAGAUGAUCUUGAAAGCAAUGUCAUCAACUUGUUAACUGUAAUAUCAUACAAUUGUUAUGCACCAAUUGUACAACCUGUCAAGUACAACGAUCACAAGAGUGUGUAUCAAGGUAUGGACAUGAGUGCCGUGUGCGUUUUACUUAGAUUCUUAGAUCAAAGAUUGAACUGUAAAACGCAUUUGAUCGAGAAUAUCUCUCCAAUAGUUACCGCUCUGAUCAGACUCGUUAAGUCGGAGACAAUUAUUCGCAAAUAUGUAAGAUUGCAGGUUCUGCCUCCGUUAAAGGACGUGAUGAAUCGACCUGAAGAAGGGACGACAUUGAGAGCCAAGUUAUGCAAGUUACUUACGUCGCCUCUUAUAGAGUUACGUGAUCUGGUUGCGGAACUAUUGUUUAUCCUUUGUAAAGAAAAUGUUAAUCGCAUGGUAAAGUAUACAGGAUACGGAAAUGCGGCGGGAAUGUUCGCAAAAAAAGGAUUGUUAGGGCGCGGCCAGACGGAAACAGGAUAUUCCUCCGAGUCGGAAAACAGCGAAACUGAAGAAUAUCUCAAGUAUAAAGAACAAAUAAAUCCGGUGACUGGAUGUUUCGAACAUCCCAAACCAAAUCCACUCGAAGGCAUGACGGAGGAGCAAAAAGAAUUUCAAGCCUUACAGCUGGUGGAUCUUGUUGAUAAGUUAACGAGACAGGGAGUUGUACGUCCUUGCCGCAUCGGAGAAGAUGGGAAACCGAAACCUAUAGAACACGUCCUCGAAUUGCAGAGUGAACUACCAAAACAACAGUAUAGCCGGAGAGAUUCCGACUCCGAGUAAAUAUGACGUUAUACACAUUUUUGAAGUAUGCGAAAAAUAAAUUGGCGAUGUAAAGAUGUAACGAUAUUACAAAUAUAGUCAUUUAAAUUGAA